AUUCAUCUUAUUCUGGUUUCGUGUCUAACUUCCUGCUCGUAGCUGCUAAUUUUGUCAACUGAAGGGACGAUGGGUGCGGCGGAACCCAGUCUGGAAGAAUUGCUGGAACAGAAGAAGCGCGUCAGGAACCCUUUAGUUCCCGUCGGUGCACUUAUGACCGCGGGGGUGCUCACUGCUGGAUUAAUCAGUUUCAGACAAGGCAAUUCCCAUUUGGGUCAGAUAUUAAUGAGAGCUAGGGUGGUUGUUCAGGGGGCCACAGUUGCACUCAUGGUUGGCACAGCAUACUACUAUGGUGGGAAUCCCUGGAAAUCGAGUUAGACUCUGCAACUUGCCUCCAUAUUUUCCCAGUUUCUUGUGGUUCAUACCUGCAAACAUUACUAUAUAGGGUUGGAAUAUUCCUCAAUGGGAAACGAUAAGUGUUACAUUCAAUUGCAUCACAUGAUUAAAUUUGCCUAAGUGCAGGCCUUUUUUGUAUUUCAAAUAUGCAUGUGUUACAAUUCUAGUCAAUAAAAUUACUAUUCCUAUAGAACAAUUACUCUUAGUGCCCCGUGGCUGGUAUUUUGGAACUGUUUGAGUGUGGUGGUGUGGUUAUUCUAUAUAUAUUGCCUUUUGAUGAUUAAAGAAAGCUGCAUGAUUUAU